AACGAAUUUGUCGAUGAAUCAAUCUCCAAUUCGUCAAAGAUUCCGGUUCACGGACGAGCGGCUGGAUUGAAUUACGGAGCUGCUGAGCACCAUUCUAGGGAGCAAGAACCGGCAGCCUUGGGCUUGGCCGACACCGCCGAAUGCUACCAAAAGACGGUGCCCAAUAUCGUUGCUCGUGUUGUAGAUGCCUUGGCGCAUACCGACAACCCGAGGACGAGCAGUGGUGCAGGGCCCGAUCCAACGAGUUCGUAA